GGAUGUGGCGUCACUUGUGCUCUCCCUUCGAAUGACACUCCUAGGAUGAAGCACAGAAGCGCGGACUAUUAAUAUUGAUGUAGGCAGUGGUCUCAGACGCGCCGCUUGAAUCGUUUUUCAAUCCCUUCGAACAGGACGACUUCAGCGUUGUAAUCACUUUGCAUCGACACGCUCCGCCAUGUCAGGUUCAACAUCAACAUCACAGGAUCUUCCCAUAACACUCCUGCCGCUCACAUCGCAACAACGUGAUGAGCUCGAUCGAGACUUACUUAAGGCCAAUGGUCCCUUCCUGAAGAUUAUCAAUGAAGAUAAAGAGGACACCAAUUCCGAUCUCUUGGACUACAUGCUUGUCUUCAUCAUGUUCCGAACUCUUUUGGUGGCCAAUAGAUUGCUCAAACGUGCACACUUGAAGGAAACACUUGACCCGGACAUGGCACAAGAGGAAACAAUGCAGAAACACCCUCAACUACGGGAAAUCGUCCGCCACGCCUGUCAGACGCGCUCGUUCUCUCACAUCGCUGACCUCAUCGCUGGAAAUGCAGCAAUAUUUCAAAUACCCCUAGCUAGUGAUCCCGUGCGGUCGUCUCAAGAUGAGGACCGGUCAGACUUUCUUUACGAUUCAUUCGUCAGACCUUACGUUGGCAAGGCGGUGGACGGUUUCUAUGAGUACCUGAAAAAUAACAACAUGGAGUUCAGGGGCCCGCGUGGGCCAUACUAUGCUAAGUUCUGUUCGAUCGUCCAAAGUUCUGGUACUGGAAAAUCAAGACUAAUAAUCGAGCUCCGGAACAAAGGUGUUAUUGUGUUGUACAUGAACCUCCGCGAUCCAAGUGAUCUGGGCUACCCUAUGCGAGACCUAGUGCCCGCGCGUAUAUUGACGGAAAAUACAGGCUGCACUGCAGCCGAGUAUACCGCUCAUUGUUGCGCCUUCUUCACGGCCAUAUUCCAGACGCUUCAGCAGGUUCUGAGCAGCAAGCUACUUGAGCUGCCCUCUGGAAGUCCUGAUCUUGUAAUAAAAUCAUGGAAUAACGAAAUGUGUGACAUGCGCUCGAAAGCUCGUACCGAUUUCUUUCAGAAAGUUCAAUCUCGAUAUCAGGAAACACUGGGCAAUAUCAAAAUGCCGAAGCUCGAAGAGCAAACCGAUGUGGAGACCGCCGCAAAGUCAGGGAAUAAGAUCCGGUCGGCAAAAUCGAGAGACGAAUCAUUCGUCACGACAUCUUAUAACAAUAUGUUACAGGUUCUGCAACAUUUAUUUACUGGAGAAGGCAAGGUUUCGAACGAUGAUCCAAAACUCGUAAUAGCAUUUGACGAGGCUUACACUUUGAGCAACAUGAGUGGAAGGGGUUUUCGUCCAUCAGAUAUCAUUGGCAGGACGAUCAACUGCUACUCCCGGCAGAGCAACGCAUCGGUCUGGGUUGUUUUUGUAUCUACGACUUUGCAAGUAGAUUUUUCAGCCCCUCAGGAGACCAAAGAUUCUACGGGCCUAAUAGUAUACGGCGGACCUGUCUACCUGCCCUAUACAUGUCUCGGUUGGGACCAGGAUGCGGUUCCUAUGCCUUAUAUAGCGGCGAAUGAUGUCGCAAGGUUCGAUCACAUCGUUGGAUUCGGUCGUCCGCUAUGGAAGUCCCUUGCAGAAAGACGUUCUGUCGCUGAUAUUUUGGUACUGGCUGCCCAGAAACUCUGCAAAUCGAUCACAUUUGACGCGAAUGAUGCGAAACAGGCUCUUGCUGUCCUAUCCCAGAGAUUCGGUCUCAACUUUUGCCUUGGUCACCCCGAUGCUGCGUCUCAUCUCUCAAAAGCAGUGGCUAGUCAUCUGCGCAUACUCUUCUCAACGACCGAAGAUAGGAUGUGGCACUUCACCGGUUAUCCAUCAGAACCCAUUCUGUCUUGCGUUGCAGCAAUGAUACUCCAUGAGACGCCUAGCGAUGUGGAUUUUGUUUUGGGGAUCUUGAAAAAAAAGAUUGAUGGUGGGAUGGUCGAGAUAGGACAGAGCGGGGAGUUGGCCAGCAGGCUUUUGCUGCUUCUCGCUAAGGAUCUCUUUGUCCGCAAGGACCCCCCCAAAGGCGUGAUUCAGCAUUUAUUCUAUCACGGAAGUGGGGAUGCGGAACUGAUCGACUGCCGGAAGGUCUCCGUCAUUGAUUUCUUGGAGUACCUAUUUGGCCAGACAUUCUGGUCGAGGACAGUUGAAGGGGCCAAGGCAGCUUUUCAGCAUGCUUACAUCAAUUUCUCGCAUUGGGUGUCCAUGACAGAGUUCAUCUCACCGCCAGUUCCCGAUCAAACUGACGCCGAUUUGUUGAGAUGCAGCGCCGAAGAGUGGACUUUGCGCCACUGGCAUCGCACAAGCGCGGUCCAAUGCUGUCAUCUGCAGCCGCUCGUCGACAAGAUGAUUCCCAUUUAUUUUGACGAUCCUGCCCUCGGCUCCGAUGAUCUCAAUCGCGUGUCACAGAUAUUUAUUUCCGACAAAGCGGGGAAGAAUUGCCAUGAGCAUGACUUGGCGUUGGUCACUCGCACGCAUGAUUCAAUCCAGUGCCUAUCGAAUCUCCCCUACAUCGCUCUUCUCCUCGACCUGAAUGUGGAACCAAAGCUUAACGUUACGUUCCCGGAGAAGGAGCCAAAUCACAUCGAAACAGACCGAUGUCUGCGGAUCUACGCUUCUGGAAUAAGUGAAACCACAUUUCCAUUCCUGAGCCAACAUCCCGAAAUUGCGAGCCGGCUGCGUGGGCUUGUCUCUCGGCAGAAGGAGGCACCAUCCCAAACCAUUCUCGAAGCCCUGGUCAAAUUUGGCAGUACGGCUAGGCUACGCAACUUGCAGUGGGAAGCACAAGAUGCAUGAUAAUUCAAUACAACUCGGAUCAUGACUGUACGAUUGUAGUAAAGUGAAAAGCGAUGCACUAUAGGGCAUGUUGCUGUGUAUGAUAGAUAAUGAUCGUAGCGCUACCGCUCUGUUCGAUCUGUUUCUACCCUUUGUGACCUUGUAGUCUUGCGAUUUUUCAAGGAACUUUGUUCACUUCA